UUUUUUCAAUGACAUCCUGUUUGAUUGUGAAAAAUCUCCCCACAUACUUGACGCCAGAUUGCCUUGGAACGUACUCCGUACAACAAUUGCAAGGUGCCCCCUCCGGAACAAUCACAGAUGUGAAAAGCAAGACGGCACAUCGCAUUGAUUCGGUUUCGGGCUGGUUCGAUCGCACGUUCAUUGGCUCGACGCGAAUUAAUGUCGUGGCUGUCGCAGACGUGAAGGAUGCUCCAGCUUUUUGACCAAGUAAGGGAAGACGCAUUGAAGAUACUGCUACGAAUUCAGGACCGUCAUUGCGACCACAUGUUCACAAGGCGGAUUAUGAACCUGGUGUUGGAUUCAUUACCCGAUCGAGUCUGAGAAAACUGAUGACGAGCACGGGGUUAAUCAGAGCACCAUUCCUGAGGAACGCCAGUACUCGACAACAAAGACGAUCAUGCAGUUUCGUUUAUUCCUCCGAAAUCUUGCUUUCUCAUCUCAUGUACGAAAGCCGAGAUCAUGGAGCUAUUUCAACCAUUCGGGGAAGUUGUAAAUGUGAGUAUCUCGUGGCCUUAUUGUGUAUUCUCUACAUCUUUCGCUUUUUUCUUGAUGAUAAACACUUAGGGACAUCUGAUCCUCCAGGGAUGUGCUGAUCCCCGGGAACCAAUAGUAGAAAA